AGGCUGAGGCUCCAGGAAAAGGGGAGCGAGUUCAUUGGAUCAAACAUGUCACAAGAGUCGGACAAUAAUAAACGACUGGUGGCCUUAGUGCCCAUGCCCAGUGACCCUCCAUUUAACACCCGAAGAGCCUACACGAGUGAGGAUGAGGCCUGGAAGUCGUAUUUGGAGAACCCCCUGACGGCGGCCACCAAGGCAAUGAUGAGCAUCAACGGCGACGAGGACAGCGCGGCCGCGCUGGGCCUUCUGUAUGACUACUACAAGGUUCCUCGAGACAAGAGGCUACUGUCUGUAAGCAAGGCAAGCGAGAGCCAAGAAGACCAGGAUAAGAGAAACUGUCUUGGCACAAGUGAAGCCCAGAGUAAUUUGAGUGGAGGAGAAAAUCGAGUGCAGGUCCUGAAGACUGUUCCAGUGAACCUUUCCCUAAAUCAAGACCACCUGGAGAAUUCCAAGCGGGAGCAGUACAGCACGAACGUCCCCGAGAGCCCAGCCAUCAUCCCCGUGUCAGGAAUCACAGUGGUGAAGGCUGAAGAUUUCACACCAGUUUUCAUGACCCCAACGGUGCACUAUCCCCGGGGAGAAGGGGAGGAGCAACGCGUGGUUAUCUUUGAACAGAGUCAGUACGGCGUGCCGUCCAUGGCUGGCCACAGCACCUACCUCAAGGACGACCAGCGGAGCACCCCGGACAGCACUUACAGUGAGGGCUUCAAAGACGGAAACACGGAGAAAUUCCGGAGUGCUUCAGUUGGGGCUGAGGAGUACAUGUAUGAUCAGACAUCAAGUGGCACGUUUCAGUACACCCUGGAAGCCACCAAAUCUCUCCGUCAGAAGCAAGGGGAAGGCCCAAUGACCUACCUCAACAAGGGACAGUUCUAUGCCAUCACGCUCAGCGAGACGGGGGACAAUAAGUGCUUCCGACACCCCAUCAGCAAAGUCAGGAGCGUGGUGAUGGUGGUCUUCAGUGAAGACAAAAACCGGGAUGAGCAGCUGAAAUACUGGAAGUACUGGCACUCUCGGCAGCACACUGCAAAGCAGAGGGUCCUCGACAUUGCUGAUUACAAGGAGAGCUUUAAUACGAUUGGCAACAUUGAAGAGAUUGCCUAUAAUGCUGUUUCCUUCACCUGGGACGUGAAUGAAGAAGCAAAAAUUUUCAUCACCGUGAAUUGCCUGAGUACAGAUUUCUCCUCCCAAAAAGGAGUGAAAGGACUUCCUUUGAUGAUUCAGAUUGAUACAUACAGUUAUAAUAAUCGUAGCAAUAAACCCAUUCAUAGAGCUUAUUGCCAGAUCAAGGUCUUCUGCGACAAAGGAGCAGAAAGAAAAAUCCGAGAUGAAGAGAGGAAGCAGAACAGGAAGAAGGGGAAAGGCCAGGCCUCCCAAACCCAGUGCAACAACUCCUCUGAUGGGAAGUUGGCAGCGAUACCGUUACAGAAGAAGAGCGACAUCACCUACUUCAAGACGAUGCCUGAUCUGCACUCCCAGCCCGUCCUCUUCAUACCUGAUGUUCACUUUACAAACCUGCAGAGGACAGGACAGGUGUAUUACAACACGGAUGAUGAACGAGAAGGCAGCAGUGUCCUUGUGAAACGGAUGUUCAGGCCCAUGGAAGAGGAGUUUGGUCCAGCACCCUCUAAGCAGAUGAAAGAAGAAGGGAUGAAGCGAGUGCUUCUGUACGUGAGGAAGGAGACGGACGACGUGUUUGAUGCCUUGAUGUUGAAAUCCCCCACCGUGAAGGGCCUGAUGGAAGCGAUCUCUGAGAAAUAUGGGCUGCCCGUGGAGAAGAUAGCAAAGCUUUACAAGAAAAGCAAAAAAGGCAUCCUGGUGAAUAUGGAUGACAACAUCAUUGAGCACUACUCGAAUGAGGACACCUUCAUCCUCAACAUGGAGAGCAUGGUGGAAGGCUUCAAGAUCACACUCAUGGAAAUCUGAGCCCCACUCUGGGCUACAGCCCUCAGGGCCUUCCUUCCCCGGGGAUGUCAGAGGCCCCGGCCCCCAGGACCCGCAGACCCACCUCACCCAUCCGACGACUGCUGUUACACGACUGCGCUGGGAAGCGGGAUGAGGCCCUAAGACCCGUGCUGGGAUCCCUGCGUUUGGGCCACCCACCGGUUCCUGCCCUGGAGCCGCGGCCCAGGCCCCUCGGGACGGGGCCUUGAGCCUGUCACAUCCUUAUUUAUUGUCCACCUUUUUUCCGGAGCCUGGGGCCCAGGACCCGCCAGGACUCUGCAGGUCACUGCUGGCUCCAGCUGACAAGGGCCGGAGCUUUCCCUUUCAGUCCGUUGAUCCUGAAGAGCCUGAGGGAGCUCCCUCCUGCCAUCUCACCCCCGACGUCUCCUGAGCGGCUGGACAGAGUGAGCCGCUUCCUUCGUCCGAGGUGUGGGGAAAGGUGGACACUCCUUCCUGGUCAGAAGCCUUCGGUCUGCUCUGUGGAAGGUCAAUGGCGGGCACCCCCAGGGGUUCCCACCAGGCCACCAGGCCGUGUACAGGAAGACAUUCGGCUACCGUGUAAUUAGUAAGUAACCCCGGAAGUGUGCCUGGCUAUCAUGUACAUAGUGUUUAUAAUAUCGCAAUAAUAUAUUUUACCUGUGGUAUGUGGGCAUGUUUACUGCCGCAGGCCUGGGGGUGGCGCAUACCUGGAGACCCCGCUUUCUCCAAGAGGUUUCUGCCUCCGUGCUGUUCAGGAGACAUGCUGGACAAGGGACAAGGCCUUCAGGGUGUCGGGCAGUGGGUGCCAAGAUGGUUGCCCCCGUGGGCACGCCUGAGGCCCCCCCCACUGCCCCGUUCCCUCUCUAUGGCACUACCUGCCCCGGAGGCCCAGAGUUUGUCUCAUGGCGAUGAGCUUCGCCUGACUCUCCAUCUGAACUGUCUGUGGAGGUCCCAGCUCCUCCAGCUUUGGUGUCGGGGCCGCCUGAACUUUCUGGAGAGGCCGCAGGGACUUGCCAUCAGGGUUCCGUCACUGGGUCUGCUGCAGAACUCCUGGGCUUCGUGAGGAUCCGGCCACUCUGCAGUGUCUCACAGUUUACAAGCACGUCCUCAUCUCAAGUGGCUCCCUGGAGGCCCAAGUGCAGUCCUGAGAGUGGUGCCAAUGGCUCAGCUCUGGACCGCUAGGCGUGGGCUGCCUCCUGGGGCUCAGCCGGCUCGGGCAGGCUGGGCUGCUGGAUGCUGGAUGGGGUUGCGGAGCAAGAAGACCCCAGGAGCCCUGGCGCUUCUGAAACCAGCAUCUGGAAGAUGGAAAGAGAAGGCUUGUCCUCCUACCGGGUAUCCUGGCAGAUGAAGAGGAGGUGAAAUGCUUCCCCAAACAGUUACAACAUCAUGAACCAUCCGGGCCACAGUUCUCUUUGAGGGGACAGGUACACGGUCUAGGGGCUCGUGUUCAGCCUUGUGGGCUGAAGCACUAGGUUUCUGGUAGCCGCACUCCCUAGGAGGUCCCAGAUCUAGGGCAGGUUCUAUGGAAGGGUCCAGAUUUGUUUGUAAAGCACUUUGAUGUCUUCCCUGGGGGCUUUCUCUCCAAGGGCUCCCUGCCUCCCGCCCCAUCUGCCCCCGAGGCCCAGAGCAGGAUGGAAGGGCUGCUUUCAGCCCAGCCCUCUGUCCUCGAGGCUGCAGAGGAUUUGAAUGGGCUGGAGGGAAGGUGCGUGCCCAGGAAGAUCUCUGGGUGUCGUGAGGGGGCACCUUUCUGUGUGUCUUCUGGACGCGUUACCCCUCCCUGCGGUGCCAAAGGUCGCAUCCUGGAUUUAGCUCUGCUCCAGUCUGUCCCCUCCUCCUCCACUCUGUGACUGUCACAUCCUGGACCAGCAUGUGGUACUAAUGGGACUCGGUAUUGGAAAUGUGUGAUGUACAAUGUGCCAUCACGCUCCCUGCCUAAGGGGUGAUUUCAGACAUGAUGGGCAGGCACAACGGUGACUACUGUGGGGCCAGGGCAUAGGACUCCAGGGUAGGGAAAAGAGAAACUCUUCAAUCGGACAUGAAUUACCUGACCUUCUCUCCCCAGUCUCUGUGAACAAAAUGUUUCUGGUCCUGCCCUAGGCAGAAGAUGAAUCCAAGAUACUUUUGCCUUUGUCCCAGGGCCCUGGGCAAUCAUUGUGGUGGCCACUGCCAGGACAAAGCAUACGCGGUCAGUGCCAGCAAAGGGUGGCAGAGUGUGCCCUCCCAUCCAACCUGUCCCCGUCUUACUGCAUCCUCUCUGCAUUCUCAGCGUGCCCGUGGCCUAGCUUCGAUGUGGCCUUCACUGUGUAUGAGCAGAGCUUUGAUGAGCAAAAUUGUCCAAGGGGAAAAAAAAAACACUCCAGAGAAAUGGGAAAACUUGCCUCCUCUUUUUUUUUUUUUUUGUUUCUUAAUCAGACUCAAAUAAAUAAGCUUUAAAAAUUCCAUGUAAGAUGAGGGACAUAUGCAACAAGUAUUUUUCUUAAACUUACCCCAAAUGCUUAGACUUUCUGGGAAAUUGGGUCCAACAAAAAAUGCAGUCAGAUGUCAUCUUGGAAUUGGAUCCUAAAAGACUAAGACAUGUCCCAGCCUAGAAAUUUAAUAAGCAUGAACUGAAUCAAACGUUUAUUUUCCUUCUUAUUUAAAAUUAUGAAAAUGCAACAGAAGCAGGAGGUUUGUGCCAAAUUCUAUGAACAGCCCUUUCUCAAAGACAAGCAAAGGAGAUUGCUAGAUGGACAAUUUGUGCUCAUUUUUUUUUUUUUAAAGGCAAAUGUAACUUAAUAGUUUUGUAAAUGGGAGAGGGGGAAUCUAUAAACUAUAAAUACAGUUAUUUUAUUUUUUGUACAUUUUUAAGAAGAAAAAAAAUAAAUAUUCAUAAUGUAAGAGUAAACUUCAAGUGUCCCAUGUUUUCUGUGAGGUGGGUGUUGGGGCCCUCUGGCUGAUUGGGAGGAAGCCUCUGUGUGCUGGGAAGGUUCUGGGCUCCCCGUGGACUCCUCAGGUCCUGGGUUCCAACACAGCAGGCGUUUCCUCUUCCGGUUGCCCCAUUGUGCCUCCACCCCAAGG